CUUAUAACGAAAUUCUAGAACUUGAAUGUUAUGUUAUUGUUUUAUGUACUUAAACUUUAUUAUAAGCUUCCAAUUUCAAGCAGAGUAAGGAAGAUGAUUUAUGAGAUAAGAAGAUAAUUAAAGAGAUCCAAAACGAUUAACAAUCCUUGACAAUUAAAACAUCGACUAUUGUGAUAAAAUAUAUUUUGCCCAUUAUUUUCUAUUAAAACUGAUCAUAUAGAUAUGAACUGAAAAUAAAGAUAACUUUCUGAUGGCAACACCUUAUGAGUCAAAUAUCACCCAAAUUUGGGUUUGGAACUUCCUUGUAAACAAAGAUUUGAAUUGGGAUUGGAAUUAUCCUUCAGUCUGAAAUAAAUUCUUAAUAAUUCAUUCUCAAACUAAAAUAUAAAAUAAAAGGAAAAACAAAAAUAUAUCUUCAGAAUAAUAAAAUGGGUCUUGAAACUGAUGUGGUGACGAGCAGACUUGAAGAAGGUUUUCAUUCUCCUCCUGCAGAACCCUGCUCUGUUACAGGAAAAACCCAGGAGAUUUCUCUGAAUGUUGACAUUGCCUUGACUGAAUCCAACCCUCUUAGUCAUCUUCAAAAUCUAACUGAGCCAAGUGAUGGUCAAGACGAUAUUAAACCUGGUGAGUUCGUGAAUAUGAGGAUGCAAUUGACAGAAGACGACUCUGAUGACAAAACUAAGGCUAUUGACAUCGGAAGGGAAUUUGGUGAAGAUGAAGUUAAGGAUGGAGAAAUCAGUGGAGAGGAUGAAAAUGAUACUGGUGCAAUCGGAGAAAGCAGCGAGUUCCACGAGUAUGACGAUGUAUGUGUUAAAGACGAAAGCGAUGAUAAUGAUAGCAGCGAGGAUGAAACUGAGUCUGAUGACAGCGUAGCGAAUAGCGAGGAUAAAGAUGAGGAUGAUUCUAAUGAUGAUUCCAAAGAUGUUGUCGAAACAACUGGAACCAUCAUGAACAUAGUUAAAGGUUCUGAUACUGUUCCUUGUAAGACGGCAAAAGAUUACAAGGCUCGUAUUAGAUUCCUGGAAGAACAAUGUCGAAACGCUAUUCAAGAACGAGAAAACAAGUUACGCCAAAGAGAAGAGAUCUUGCUACUGAAAGAUAAAUCAUUGAGAAUAAGGGAAGAAUUUUUGGAGCUCAAGGUGACACGCUUUAGACUGGAAUCUCAGAAAGAAUUGAAUUCUGGAAAUCAAUUUGUGAACUCGAGUAUAACCUCUAACCGUCGUGGAAAAAGGUCUAACAACAACAUGUCCAAGAGGAAGAUCACAUUGUCCACGCAUGACCAAAAAAUAGGGGAAGAUGGUGACCAGAUCGAAGGAGAUCAAGUGAGUGCUGAUAAAGGCCCAGACAUGAACACGGAAGAUGAUAAUGUGGAGGAGGACGAAGAUCUAAUUCAUUCCAGUAUAAAGAAGUUGAGAAUGGAUCCUGCCGAAGAAGGAGAGAUGUAUUAAAAUCCCAUUUCAGCAUAUUCAAUCUUUGUUAAUAAUUUAAUAUUCAUUGCUGCUUAGUUUAAUCUGAUUUCAUUUAAACUAUUUUUAAUCAGCAGCUCAUAUUCUUGUUCAGGUGAUAGUUUCAAGUUUGAUAUUUGCCUGAUAAUCCAA